CACAUUCGCACGUUCAAAUAUAUUUUCUUAAAAAUAUUAGAAGAAAUGUGUGCGAUUGGCAACUUCGAGCGCUCGGCCGAAUCAUUAAAUGGCUCGACGCGUGACCGACCUUGCUGUUAAUUGUGGCACGCGCUGUCGAAACUUAAAUUAUAGGGCAAGUGGUUAAUUAAUCGGCAUUAUUUUAUUUAUUUAUGUGCGAUAAAGGCGCUCAUGCCUAUCUCUUUAAUAAAUCUAUUAACAGUUUCAUUGGGACGGCGUGGUACUUUGCUGCCAUAUGAAAGGUCCCGGGUUCGUCUGAAGGCAGAAAAUUUCUACGAUACAGCUACCUCAAUCCUCCAUGCUACAUAUUUGUGGAACAAUGACUGUAUUACGUGGAUCAAGAUUAACUUCUCAACCAUACACCGAAAAAUUAAUAUGCAUCUCAGAAGAUGAUGGCGGAGCUCUAGUAUGGAAUGACAAUUUAAGAUGGCAAUUUAAAUAUUACAACCAAACACAUCAAAAUAAGCAAUUUUCUACUCUAAAUGGAGGCAUUCCAAAUUGCAAGAUAAAUUGCAAAAUGAAUGCAGACGAAGACUGUUUAAAAUCAUGGAUUCAACAGGAUUGGAGUCUCACGAACUCUGUCAAAACACCCAUGGGUCCGGUUUUUGAUCAGCGUUGGGAAGAAUUUCGGGAAUUUACAAGCCUUCAAGAUAGAUAUGAUUAUAUAGAUCUUGAAAACAUUACAGCAGCAAAGCUUUCCAUUUCGAUUCGUGCAUCUAAUGACGCGCAUAUAUUGCUUUGCGACAGUAAGAAUUAUUACUAUGAUUCCUGCUAUUUGAUUAUAAUUGGUUGGUCGAACGCGGUAUAUUUCAUACGAAAAUGCGCGACAAUAGUACCUGUAAGCGAUAUACCUGCCACAGAUUUAAACUGCAAAACAGUAGAAAUGUUUUACAAGGAUAGACCAUUGUCAGGGACUGAGUGGCAAUCGUUUAUCAUUAAAUGGAAUUCUGUAAGACGGAGUAUAUCUGUUUAUGACAUUGAUAAUCAAAUCUACGUAAUGACAUAUGAAGACGAGGAAGAACCUAAACUUCCCAACAUCACUUAUCACUUGUUCAUCAGAAGCAAUGAACAUAUACUGUUUCGACUUCAUAUAUAUAACUUUUUGCACACGACUAUAAAAAAUGCAAUUCUAACGAGUCCCAUCAUUCAACUCGAUAAUGAAACGAUGUGUGUGCAAAUGAUGAUUGGUUUGUGUACAGAAUGCGAUGCACAUAUACUGUUACGUGAUUCCACAAGUAACGAAGUACUAGAAACAGUGGUUUUAAAAGGUUCAAAGGCCGCAAUUCUUGGCUUGCCCAUGUGGCAAUUUAUUCAAAUCCAGAGCAAUCUAUCAACGAUCAAUUGUAAAAACGUGAUACUUCAAGUGAUUCCUAAACUCAGCACGCCUUUUUCUAAUCCAGUAUGGGCGAUAGCGAAUGUUCGUCGAUGCCCCAGAAAUGAUUCUUUGAGAUGGAGUAAUAUACAUAAUUAUAAAGACGGAAAUCCUAAAACAUUUUGGGCGAAUAUAACAUGUCAAAAAUUAUUUUAUGAUGAUCAUACCGUAAUAAAACCUAAAUUAAACUCUAAGCCGGACACGAAAUUUGAUCAUGAAGAUUGUCCUUUAGGAAAAAUUGGGCCGCAAUGUUUGAUCAAUUGCGGGCUUGAUUUAGAAAGCUAUAAUAACUGCAAAGAAACUGUAAUUUGUUAUAAAGAUGGCUGCACGUGUCCUUCAGGAUUUUUAGGAAGCAAGUGUUCUACGUCUUGUGAAUCGCACACAUAUGGUUAUGGCUGCAAGAAAGAAUGUGGUGCAUGUAAUGACACAAUCAACGCACGAGCUUCAUGUCAUGCAAUAACCGGAAUGUGUCUUAAUGGAUGCAAAAAUUUGUACAUACCGCCUUUAUGUCAACAAAAAAUAGACAAGCUAAAUGCACCUGAGGUUACUUCUACAAGCACUACGAGUAUUCAAACUAUGAUUCCUAUAACGUGGAAAAAGGAAUAUGAAAAAAUAACAAUUUUAUAUUCUUGCACUCUUCAAAGACAAAUGGAACAUCACGUUCACAAACCAUGGAAACAACCAUGGAAGAAGGUAUUUCCAAAUACGACACAUUUAAUAGGAUAUUUUGAAAAUUUAGCACCCGGUACUAUUUAUAAAAUUAGUUGCUGUUUAAAUGUUGCGGGAUCUGUUGUAUUCAGUGGUUGGCAAAAUGUUGAGACGGAUUGCAAUCCGGUUGAAAAUUUUGAUAUGAAGCCUGGAGAAACCAACAUGAUAAUCGAUUGGCAAAGUAACAUUAACCUAUUAUAUCCAUGUCCAGCUAAUUGGUAUCACUUGAUAGUCCGAAAUCUAAACACUGAUGAACAAAUUGUUAACGAAUCAGUUAUAUAUUUUCCCUAUAAUUUGUCACAACUGACACCGUACACUCUUUUCAAUGUAACUAUACUUUAUAAAACUGACAAGGUAUUUUCUCAGGAAACUCGUACACUCGAGAGUGUUCCAUCUAGUGUGUUAGAUCUCAAAGUAAUGAUUUCAUCCAACACACUUAAUCUAAAUUGGAGAUCUCCAGAUCAACCUAAUGGAGAAAUAGUGCGAUAUGAAAUAAAGUUAAAGAUUAAGGAAUAUUACGGCUGUAAAGACUUACAAUUACCUACGCCAGAUAAUCACAUAAUUACUAAAAUCACAAAAAACACAACAAUUACAAUUCCGGAUUUACAUUCGUACGCAUCUUAUAGCGUGCAGGUCACAGCUCAUAAUUCACGAUAUAACAGCAUGGCUGCCGAAAAUAGCUUUGACACAAAGAGUUCUGAGACACCAACGGAAGUAUUUAGCCACCUAGAGGUACAAGACUGGAAACUAAUGUGGGGUCCACCUAAAGACUGUACCGCGAUUUCAGGACCAAUUAAAGCUAGCAUAAUAGUACGCGGAAUUAGCGACUCUGUUAAAGAUAUGAUCUAUAAAACCGAGACUUCAUAUUAUUCUUUUGAUUUAUAUCAAAUAGAACCAAAAUUACACGGUGCUGAACGAUAUAUAGUAAAAAUUUAUGUAAUAAGAGAUAAUAUGAGCAAUAAAUUCAUUUAUCAAGAAAAUGACUCCCCUCAUCAAGAAUAUGAAUUCGAAACUCCACCAAUAGCUCCGCCUAGUGUAAUUAAUCUGGAGGUUAUCGAGAUUGAUACACGCCAAACACCUGCAAUGAUACAUUUAAGAUGGCAGAGACCACGUCCUCCUCUCAACGGAAAAUUGCAUUAUUAUGGUAUUCAAUUAUGCGACCAAUAUAACAAUAAAUAUUGUCCUAUUACGAAAGUCCAAUUGAAUAAAUUUUGUGACUUGUGGGACGAUUACAUAUGUCAAAUGAUACAAAAACCUUUUACAAAUAAUUCAAACAUUCAAGUUGUGGCGUACAAUAUGAAUGUUACUGAACCGAGCCCUCCAAUUUCCGUAACUAAUCAAAUGCUUAGUAAUACAAAGCCAGACGCACCUGAAAAUAUUACUUUUACAAUCAACAAUAAUAGUGUAAUUGAGCUAAAGUGGCAUCAUCCUUGGAGAACAGGUGGUCAUCUGCAAACUUUUUAUAUUUAUAUAGAAGAAAUUUCCUCCAAUCUAAGAAGGCAGAGACUAGCAACACGAUCGCUACAUAGCAAUUUAUACGAAUAUCCAGUGGCACAUUAUAUGCGUAAUUAUAGUAUGCGAUUAUAUUUGUUUCCGUCAACGCAAUACCGGAUUCACAUUAAAGCUGUGACAGUUGCAAAUGUGACCAGCAAGGACGAAUACAUAGAAGUGCAUACACCUUCUACAAUAAGUUUCGACGGUAAUCUGGAUGUCAUAAUCGAUAAGUUACAUUCCAUGAUCUCGUUAAAUAUACCGUCUGUUCGAAAUGAUACACACGACAGUAAGAUGCACAUCAUAGUAAAGGGUCCCUAUGUCUGCGAGCAGCAUUCAGAAGUACCUGAGAAUUUGCGUUCUCAUGUGAACGUAAAGAUGUACGAUAUCGCUUGGCAAGCUGCUGAAAUUUCGACUAGUGAUUUCGCUGGUAAGACAUUUACACUCGGCGAUAAUCGGACUUACGGCGCUGCUAGAAACUGUCCAUUGAAACUUGAAGAGUCGUACGAAAUAGUGAUUAUCCUAACAGAACAGAAUUCGUCCAAAGAAUCUAUCAUGUUUACAAAAUCGAUCCGUAUUGGUGAAGUUCCACCGAAGCAUCACGAAACGUGGAUCAUUCCAAUUAUAUUAUUGCUCAUCGUAGCAGCUUUUUAUUUGUAUCAAAGGAAGAGGCAGAAAUCGAAUGAACAGUCUAUAUACGAUGAGAUAGUUUUGUCGCAUUAUAUCGCAGAUGUCGCAGAAUAUCAAGAUAAUUUAGAGAAUUAUGAAAACAAAACCAAAUUCGUAAUAUCAAAUUCGAAGGAAGAGCCCUCAACUUCUUCGGAUAGGCAAUCCUUAUCGCAAUCAACCACUGCGGAAGUACUACCACGUUUUCGAGAAAGAAGACGAGGAGAGGGAGGAGAACACAAUAUCGUUGAGGAAAGUGAAAUCUUUCUAGGAAUAAAUUUUAAUUUUUAUCAAAAAUAAAUUAACUUUUUUUUAAAUCUUUCUUCUUUGAACUAUCAUAUACUAAUUCUUCAAUUUAUCGAAUAUACGCAACGAGAUCUCAGUUUAUUUGAAAUGUAAAUUAUCGUUGUUUAUGUAAGAGAAUUUCUACCGUUUUCACAUUACUUCCGUUUAAAUUCAAAGAUUUAC